GAGUGUAAAGAGGGGGAUGGGGAGAGUGUUGUUUUGUGUUGCAUUCCUGCAGUGUGGGCUUGACCUUUGACCUCGCUGUUGUGUCUGUGUGUGCGCGCGCGGUGUUCUGCGGGCGGGUUUGUGCGGGUAUAGCUCUGUAUAGUAUUUGUAUUUUUAUAGCGGAAUGCCCGGUGCUCGUGUGCUGGCGGCGGUGCGUGGUGCUGGGGCUUGGUCGCUGUGCGCCCUGCGUUGCGUGUUUACUGGUUAGCUGCGGGGGAAACGGAGGCAGCUACAAAAGCCUGGCGCUGCUGGAAGAGAAGAAAAAGAAGAAGAAGAAGGCGGCGGCGGAACGACUGGGGGAGCUUUUGUGUUUUCGCAGGAGCCGAGUAUUUGUGGCCGUCGUUUUUGCGAGCUGAGCGGGCGGGGGUACGGUUCCAUCUGCGCUACAGGGCUGAGCUGUGGUGGUUCGGCUGCUGCAGAAAAGGCUCGGUCAGGGUCACUCCGCUAGUAAGUUAGCUAGCCUGCCCGCCCGCCCGUGCUGCUGCCUGCGCUAGCUCACACGUUUCAUAUCCGCCAGCGCUGCUGCAGCAGCCGUAGUAGUAAUAGUAGUAUCAGACGCAUCGGCGAGAGAAGACCGAGGAAAUGAAGGACAAACAGAAGAGAAAGAAGGAGCGUACGUGGGCAGAGGCCGCCCGUAUGGUUCUUGAGGACUUCUCUGAUGCCCCCAUGACGCCCAAACAGAUCCUCCAAGUCAUCCAGACAAAGGGACUCAAAGAAAUGAGAAGUGGCACAGCCCCACUGGCCUGCCUGGUCACCAUGCUCCACUCCCAGGUGAGGGGCGACAGAGUGAAGAACAGCAUCUUCUUCAAGCUGCCAGGACGGAUGAGCCUCUUCACCCUGAAGAAAAAUGCCCCCCAAUGGUCAAAGAACCCAGCAGCCUCUGAGGCCGCUGACCCCACCUGCACAUCAGCAGCUUCAACCACAUCCACAGUUGGAGCAGCGGAGGGGGCGGAGCAGGAGAGCUGUGACUCCACAGAGACUGCUGCUGCUAGUGGUGAGAAUGAUGCCUCAGUUGACGAGACGUCCUCCAGUGCCUCCUGCUCCACAGAGCCACAGACCCGACUGAGUCGAUCCUCACAGUCAGGAAGACAGAGGAAGAAAGCUGUAAUGAUGCCUCGUGUGGUUCUGACUCCACUCAAGGUCAACGGUGAACACGUCCCAUCAGGAGCUGCGGGGAGGCGCAGGGAAGGGUCUAGGGGGGGUCCAGGCCCGACACUUCGAGCCCGCUCCGAGCUGGGUUGGAAACGUCCCCAGCACUUCAAGAGCAUGCGUGGCCUUCGUUCAGGACCUAUGAAGAGGAGUCGGGGCGGUGUAGAGGUGGACUUUGAAACUCCAGGAUCGAUCUUGGUCAACACCAACAUCCGUGCACUGAUUAACACUCGCACGUUUGCGCUGUUUCCCACUCACUCCCAGCAACAGCUCCUCCAGCUUCUUCCAGAAGUGGAUAGACAGGUUGGUCCAGAUGGUAUGGCUCGGCUCAGUAGUUCAGCACUGAAUAAUGAGUUUUUCACUCAUGCCUCUCAGAGCUGGAAAGAGAGACUCGCUGAAGGUGAAUUUACACAUGAGAUGCAAGUUCGCUUUAGACAAGAGAUGGAGAAGGAAAAGAAAGUGGAGGUGUGGAAGGAGAAGUUCUUUGAGGAAUAUCAUGGACAGAAGUCUGGCCUGACACCUGAGGAGGCACUGAAGCUCACAAUGAGUGAUUCUGGAGAUGUUUCUGAAGCCGUUCUGGGGGCUGAUGCUGCUGUGGCAACACCCAAGAGGAGAGGCGUUGGAAGGCGGCGGAGAGAGGGUCGUAUUAGGAGACGAUCACGUGCUGACCUCAGACGCAGGGCCCGGCGCCCACUCAGCAAGGCUGCUCCGGCAGCAGCGGCUCAAGAGGAGGAAGAGGAAGAAGAUCAGGCUGCAUUGGAUGUUACACCUGCUACACCUGCGUCACCUGUGCCAGAGACUGCUACGGUCCAAGGAGAGGUCAUCCUUCCAGCAGAUCCAGAAGUGGAAGAACCCCUCACCCCUGCAGAACCCCCUUGUCCAGAGGUGGCAGCCCCCUCGCCUGCUCCUGCAACCACUCCUGUUCCCACUUCAGCGAGUUCAGUCUGCGACGAGCCAGAAGCUUCCACCCGCCUGCUGCCUGAAGUUGUUGAGCCAGCUGUUGCCUCCACCUCCUCGCCAUCUUCCUCCUCUUCCUCAACGUCAUCAUCCUCCUCUCCUUCCUCAUCGCCUUCCUCUACCUCCGACCGGCAAGGCGCCUUCGCUGCCAGCUCAGACUCAUCGUCAUCAUCGUCCUCUUCCUCAUCGUCAACUGCUGCUGUGGCCACCGACCCUCUCGACGACGGAGCCUCAGUCAUCACCACUGGUACAGCCGGCACUGGGGCAAGCAGCAGGGAAAGCAGCCCAUCAGCAAGUCCCGCUACAGCCAGCCCUGCUCUUCAGCUCAAGGAUCAGAAAAGGAGACCCGACGAGUCCCAGGCCUACACCAGCUUCCCCGAGAAAAGGGCGCGGCUGGAUGAGCGUCAGUCCUUUCGUAACACAGUUGACCGUGUGCACUCAGAAAAGCCGCAGCCGACAACCGAGGAGCCCAAGGUCCCGCCAAUCCGGAUUCAGCUCUCCCGGAUCAAACCGCCCUGGGUCAAAGGGCCAACGUACCAAAUCUGUCCCCGCAUCGUGCCCCCCAACGAGGGGUCGCGGCGCUGUGGGACGGGGGCGCGCACCCUGGCGGACAUCAAGGCCCGCGCCCAGCAAGCCCGUGCACAGCGGGAAGCCGCUGCUGUUGCUGCAGCCACUGGGGACGGGCCAGGGCCUGGGGGGGGCGGCCCGGGGGGUGGUACUGGGAUACCGGAUCGCUCCAGCGGGAGGCGUUCGAGAGAGCACCCGGGUCCCAUUGAACCUGGAGGAGGAGGAGGAGGAGGAGGAGGAGGAAGACGAGGAGGAGGAGGAGGAGGAGGAGGAAGAGGAGGAGUUGAUGUGGAGGAACAGGAAUCGCCUGCGAGCUCUCAUUCGUCUGGAGCACAAUUACAGCUAUCCAAUGUAGAGACCUCAGAAAAGCCUCAGGCUUCAACCCCACAGGCUGUGCCAUCUCCUUCCUCUGUAUCCUCUAAUCCUUCAGUGCUGCUAUCUGAGUCACCUAAAACCCCUACACCCUCACCACCUGAGACAGACAGUCCAGCCUCCCAGGACCAGGUGGAGGAAAUCUGUGGUGUAGAGGAGGUGGCCACUUGCUCUAGUGAUAAAGCCUCUGAACAGACCUUGGACACUCCAGUGCCUACUCCAAGUGAGCCAGAGUCUGUAAGCAGUCACCAAGAGGUCAGGGGUGAAGAAGCAGAUUCUAGUGACAGCCAAACAGUGACUCCUAGUUAUACACCAGUGCCCAGUGAAGCCGUUAAUCUGGUUCCCACAUCCAUACCUGAUUCGCUGCCUAGGUUUGGUGCUCAGGGUGUUGAUGUGAUCAGAACCCUUGCAGCAUCAUCCCAGUCUUGGGAAGGUGAACAGAAGCAGAACGAACAUCGCUCUGGUACAACUGGCGUCAUCCAGCAUGGCUCAGAUGUCAAAGGCCCCAAAGAGACUCUUGUUACAGCCAGAAAUGGUUUCAUUGAGGGUUCAGAGGAGCUUGGAGGAGUAAGACAGAGAAUUUUGCAGGAGCAUAAGGCUGAAGAUAUUGAUGCUGAUAGUAAAUAUGGAACGAGCUAUGAAACGCCUCCCCCUUGUCAUCCAGAUCGAAUCGGAGAGGAAGACACUGGGAUGCACAGUGAUUCCACAGAGACUGCAUCAGAUUUUGAGAACGAAACUCAAGAGGAUGACACAGUGGACUGGCCUAGAACAGUGGACCAUAAUGGAGUGCAGGCUCAGAAUACAAAAUCCCAAAAUCAGCCUGUCAUUCAGACACCAAGUCGUAUUACCUCAUGCACUUUGAGCCCUCCACAGCACCAGCAACCAGUCAUUCAGGCCCAUGUUUCCAACCCUGCCCAUAGUCAGACAGUCAUUCAGGCUCGUUUUCCCAAUGGCAUGCCAAACCAGCCAGUAAUUCAGUCCCAGAAGCAACACACAAUCCGCCAUUCCCAAGAACAAAACUCCAAUGCCUUGACCCAGGCCCAUGUGCAAUCGUACCUCACACAGGGAGAGAAUGACCAAAGCAGAGCUCCUCAAAGUCUGAAUGAGAACAGCAAUGGUGGCAAGCCAUUUAUCCCGGAGGAGGAUUCGAAACCAUUCAACAGAGGACCUGCCGAUGAUCUCGGAUUUAAAAACUCUGCCAUUGCUGCUGCGAAGAGGGCUCAAAGCUCUGUACGACCUGUGUCGUCUGUGGAGGCUAACAACCCCCUAGUUACUCAGCUUCUUCAAGGCAGCUUGCCUUUAGAGAAAGUAUUACCCCAGCCUCACUCUGUUAGUAAACUGGAGAUAAAUCGACUUCCAGGGACACCACCGGGCCUGCCAUCCAACCGCCAGCCUGGAGGACCUCCCAGGACCCUGGCUCCCUCUGCUCGAGUGUCUCCAGGGCCUGUACGGAAUUAUGGUGCAUCUCCUCCUGGCGCUGCACCAGCUCGAAUGACCUAUUUGUAUGAGGAGUCCGGCUCCCGUGGCACGGUUGUCCAACAGUUUGUUCCUCAGCAGCCAGGAAGCACUGCGCCUCCUGGUGCCGUACCAGUCAUUACCCCCCUGCCCUCCACAUCCUCCACCUCUCGGCCAGUGGACGUUAAUUCUCAGAGCGCUCCUUCUGGAGCGUUGGAAUCGGCCGUUAUCAAAGAGCACCCCACACCUCAGCCUUCACGGGGUGAAACUCCAGAGAGGCCGACGUCUGGUUUUCAGCAGCACUCCUCCAGUAACCUCCCCCAGGCCAUGUGCAGAACCAUACCUGAUGCUCCUUCUCCUCCACAGGGUGACCUCUGUCUAUCUGAAGUUGUACCUACGGUUAAGAUCAGCUGGCACCCAUCCAAAUUACACCCCCCACACCCCCCACAACCACCUCAGUCCUAUCAACAGCAGCAGCAGCUCUCUCUUGCAGCUAGUGUGAAGAACGAGGUCUCUUCACGCCCCUCUUGCCAGCAAGCUCUCACCAAAAAUUUACAGUCUCCAAUCAGUGGCAACGGCUCUGUUGUAGUAGUAACCAAAAGAGAGCCUCCGAGCUCUAUGGACAGUUAUGUGAGCGGAGGAGGAAGUGGAGGAGCAAUGGAAGGACUGCUUAACAUGGAAAUGUCUCUGGCAAGAAUGGCGAAAAAAGAACAAGGCAAAAACCCUUACGUUCGACAAACGGACUCCUCGUCUCCUUCCUCUACCUCUGCUUCAUCUCUCCCCUACCAUCUGUACGGAAAGCUGCCUAAGCUGCAGCAGAGUGGAGGUGGUGUCUUGAGUGGAGGCAACGGAGGAUCUGCCGGCUUCAGCUACACGGCUAACGUGUCUGUAGUGGACAGUAGUGGCUUCUCCCGAAGCAUAGCGGACAGCGUGCUGCAGCUGCGGCCACGCGUCGGCAUCGGGAACGCUGGAAGCCAGAGUGCUACUCUUAGCAUCCAGGCGUUUGCCGACAGCGCCGCAGAAGAAGUGGCCCUUAAGUGUUCCUGCCGUCUCAAGGCCAUGAUCAUGUGCCAGGGGUGCGGUGCAUUCUGUCACGAUGACUGCAUCGGCCCCUCCAAACUCUGUGUUUCUUGUCUGGUGGUCAGAUAGUGUGUUACAGAACCUCCAAACUGAGCCUAAAGGUCAAAGCCAAUGCGCUGGCCUCCGCAGACUUGGGUCCUUCACCCUUGAUGAUGAUAAAUCAGAGAUUUUUUCAGACUCGAGCGAGCGAAGAACAUGAGGUAGGACUUGUAUCAUUACAAGCCAGAUUUUUGGUGAUGGUCAAGGUGAAACAAAGGGGCUGAAAGAUGCCCUGCAAGAUAAAUUUCAGUCUGUAUUUUUGCUUCAUAUUUUUUCUAUUGCUGUUAUGAUGGUGUUACGAUGUGUAUUAUUGUUAAUUAUUAUUAUUAUUAUUAUUAUUAAUUAUUAUUAUUGUUAUUAUUAUUGGUAUUAAGUGAAUUUACAUGGCACGGUUGAUUGUAGAUUGUGCCUUUUCUUUAUACUUUUUCUUUUUUCCCCUUUCCCAACAAAACAUUUACCUCAUCUACUUGACACCAGUCAUCAGUUCAGUGUAAAAAUGGUGUUCAUGUUUGCGUUUUUCUCACUUGCCUCUCUGGACAAAAAAGAGUGGAGAGUUAUGUGCGUCUUGUCUUGCAAAGAAAUAUUUUUUUAAAUCAUUAAACAAGCAAAUUACUUUUUGUUAUUUUGUAAGUGCUUCCUUUCUUUUUAUUUUCUUAUCCAAAGUGAAGUCCAGUCUGUACUUGGCGGUUAAGCACAGUAUUCUAAUCUAAUAAAGCUGACAAUGAGCAGA